AUGGCCCAAGUAGCUGUAUUUUUCGUUAUCAGCCAAGACUCAAUAAAGUCUACCGGUCCAAAUUUCAACUGAAUCACCGGUCCAACCACUAUUACCGUAACUAGACCGCUUUUUCUUUUUUACAUUCGGACAAAAAAAUCAAAAUUUCGAGCAACUAAAUUGAUCUCAUCUUCAAUCAAAUUCAUCAUCUUCGAUACUCGUUUCUUCUCUCUUUGGUUUCAUACAGAUCCCAAAUUUCUAGGGCUCCUAGUCCUUUGAUUUCUUCGACUGGAAUCGCAAUUCCCCACUACGUCAAGCUGGACAGACACCGAAGGGAUCGCCAUGAGAGUGGCGGCUACGAGGAUUCCUACCAUAACCACCGAGCCCAUCCCAGAGGUCCAUCUCGUCCCUCAGAUUCACGCUUCGAAGAGGAUGAUGAUGAUUUUCGCCGCCACCGUCGUCGUCGUGGAAGCAGCCCUAGCAAUUAUCGAAUUGGAAUUGGGGGCGGAGGAGGAGGUAAUGGUGGUCGACGCUGGGAAGAUGACACUCCUAAGGAUUUUGAUGGUCCCGGAGAUGGAGGUUUCCGGCAGAUGAAUGGUCCCCCAGAUAGAGUAGAUUUUAAGCCUAUGGGUCCUCACCAUGGUGGAAGUUUUCGGCCUAUGGGGUUUGCCUACGAUGAUGGUUUUCGUCCAAUGGGUCCUAACGGUGGUGUGGGAGGAGAAGGGACACGGUCAAUUGUUGGAGCUCGGUAUAACUAUCCCGCGAAGUAUCCUCCUUCAGAGAGUCCAGACAGGAGGAGAUUUAUCGGUAAAGCAAUGGAGUCUGAUUAUUCUGUAAGACCGACUACACCGCCGGUCCAGCAGCCUCUUUCCGGUCAGAAAAGAGGGUAUCCUAUCUCAGACCAUGGCAGCUUUACUGGAACUGAUGUCUCUGAUCGUAGCAGUACAGUCAAGCUUUUUGUUGGAUCUGUACCAAGGACAGCUACAGAAGAAGAAAUCCGUCCCUAUUUCGAACAGCAUGGAAAUGUUCUGGAGGUUGCUCUGAUCAAGGACAAGAGAACUGGACAGCAGCAAGGUAUGUCAAUCUCCAUUUUAUUAGGAAAUAGUCGUGAAUUAUACUUUUUAAAAUUUCAGGUCUCCCUGAAAAGGCUGAUGGGAAGCAACCCCAGUCUCAUCAUUGGCCUCCAAUUGUUUGCAACAAUUUUCGGGCUUAUUGCUUAUGCUUGCCAGCGUCUUAUCUGUGUUCGAUUCUGUCACAGAAGAAGGCUACCUGUGCUAAGAAAGGGUUUAUGUACUUAUGUUGGGCAAAUAGAUUUCGCUACUUGUGUGUAUUCUAGAACUUUAGAUGUGUUUGAAAAGUGUAGAAUUUAUUGAGGGUGUUUUAGAGUUGGAGUUAAUGUACAGAGAACUGAAUUUUGCUGUUGCCUUUAUAGUGGGAAUUGGUUAUAAGAACAUCGCUAUUUUCCUCUCCUAUUGAAAUUCAUUUUCUUUACUCUUCCUCUAGAUGGAUUGAAGAUGUUGUGUAUGGUCUUGACAGGAUGAAUGUAUUUUUUUAAGUUGGUAGUUUGAUAAGGACAUGAGGUUCAAAAGAUGGUUUCUUGAUUUGCCACUCCUGCUGGUCAAAGAUUUGGCCGUCUUUCUAAUUUUAUCAUGUUGGAGGUUUGGCGUCUUCAUUUUCUUUCAUAUCAAUUUAUGGGUGUGCUGUCUAUUGGUUAAUGAUGGCAUUCCUUUUACCUUUUUGGAUGAGUGAUGCUGGAAUGAAUGCGUUUCUCCUUUUCUUUUGUUGAUGGCCUGAGGAACUAUGAUGGCUAUAUUUCUUUCCACUCUCUUUGAAUGGCCUGAAAUGUGUGCUUUCUGUAUGGUCGUCCCUCUCAAUUUCUUGGAUGGCUUGUGAUGUGAUAUACCAUCUCUCGUCAUAGGUGAAUGAAUGAUUUGUUUAGUAGUUCUUAUGUAUGUAUUUUGUAUGUUCCCACGUCUCUAUUCCUUGGAUGGCUUGUGAUGUGAUAUACCAUCUCUCGUCAUAGAUGAAUGAAUAUUUUGUUGAGUAGCUCUUAUGUCUGUAUGGUGGCCCUUGCAGUGCUGAUCGAUAUUUAUGUGGAAGAAAUGUUUGAUGAUAGAUUUUUUUUGUAUGCUCCCUUUUCGCUAAUCAAGCCUUUGUGCUUGCAAGGUGCAACUGUUAUUUUAUUAUUGAAUUUCCUGUUCUACUACUCCAUUUAGUUCUGUCUCUAUUUUGUCAGUGUGAAGAAAUACUAGACGAUGAAUGGUGUGUUUGUACGUGCAUAGUUAUUUAUAAAUUCUUGACUUUCCAAGAAGUUAUUAUUUCUAUAACUGCUACACCUUUGUGGAUGGCAGAACAAAUGCAUCUGAUUGUGGUGACAUAAACACUUUUGAUCGCGGUUGAAUGUACUAGAUUCCAUACAACUCUUUCUUCAGCCUUGUGAAAUAUUAUUAUGUUAGGUGGUGCAAACAUAUGGAAGGAACCUGAUUGUUUUAGUUUCUUAGAAUAGUUUCUGAUGUUAAUACAGCAUGUUGACUUCACUCUCUUGCCCUUGAUCAAUCAGCAUCAGGCAGGGGCCUAAUUAUGUAUUACAUGAAGCAAUCGUAUUCUUUUCUGAAUUAGAUUUUUUUCCAAUGAGUUAUCUUGCCCAUAACUGUAGUUCUUUAUUUGAAGUCUUCAAAUGCUUGAUGUAUGGUGACGAAAAUGUGUAUAUGUUUUGGUUUUGAUUAUCCGCUACUCAUCAAUUAUUGAGAUUCUUACAUACUGAAUCCGUUACUUUGGACCUAUAGUUAUGUUUUAUGUUGCUAAUUAACUUGUACAUGUUUCUAGAUUUUCUUUCAAAUGGAUCCUGCUUGGACAAAUGCAGCCACCCUUUGUCUGAAAGGCCCUCUUGUAGAUAUGUUAUCUGCAGAUACUGACUGUGUUCAAUUUUUUAAUAUUUGUUUUUGCCAUAUUCUCCAUUUGAAGACAUUAAUUUAUUCUCUCCAACAACUUUACAUCAAUAUUUAAGUGGAGGCUGUCAGACAUGUCUUAUGAUUUUCCUACUGAACUUAUGUGCUUUGAGUAGUACAUCUUGUUACUAGUACAAUUUGAUGGUAGAAGGAAAAGUUGAACCCUGAAACAGAUAGCUUAAGUAUCAGUCUUUAAUGCAGGCUGUUGUUUUGUAAAAUAUGCAACUUCGAAAGAUGCGGAUAGAGCCAUCAGAGCACUGCACAAUCAGAUCACUCUUCCUGGGGGAACUGGUCCUGUUCAAGUUCGAUAUGCUGACGGGGAGAGAGAACGCAUAGGCACCCUAGAGUUUAAGCUUUUUGUUGGUUCACUAAACAAGCAAGCCACUGAAAAAGAAGUUGAGGAGAUCUUUUUACAAUUUGGUCAUGUGGAAGAUGUCUAUCUCAUGCGGGAUGAAUAUAGACAGAGUCGUGGAUGUGGGUUUGUUAAAUAUUCAAGCAAAGAGACGGCAAUGGCAGCUAUCGAUGGUCUCAACGGAACUUAUACCAUGAGAGGUUGCAAUCAGCCAUUGAUUGUUCGGUUUGCUGAGCCAAAGAGGCCUAAACCUGGCGAGUCAAGGGAAAUGGCACCUCCUGUUGGACUUGGUUCAGGGCCUCGUUUUCAAGCUUCAGGACCAAGGCCUACCUCUAACUUUGGUGACUCUAGUGGGGAUGUAAGCCACACAAAUCCUUGGCGUCCAGCUACUUCACGAAACGUAGGCCCACCUAGUAACACUGGGAUCCGUGGUGCCGGUAGUGACUUUUCCCCUAAACCAGGUCAAGCAACAUUGCCUUCAAAUCAGGGUGGCCCGUUAGGUGGUUAUGGUGUUCCUCCCCUUAACCCUCUCCCAGUCCCUGGAGUUUCAUCUUCUGCCACAUUGCAACAGCAAAAUCGGGCAGCUGGCCAGCAUAUAACACCAUUAAAAAAACCUCUUCACAGUCCACAGGGUCUCCCUCUCCCCCUCCGUCCGCAAACUAAUUUCCCUGGGGCCCAGGCACCCUUGCAGAAUCCUUAUGCUUAUAGCAGCCAGUUGCCUACCUCUCAGCUGCCACCACAGCAAAACAUCAGUCGUGCAACUGCUCCUCAAACUCCUUUGAACAUUAAUCUACGGCCAACAACUGUGUCUUCUGCAACUGUUCAAUUUCCCCCUCGUUCCCAGCAGCAACCGCUACAAAAGAUGCAACAUCCUCCUUCUGAGCUAGCUCAGCUCUUGUCGCAGCAAACUCAGAGUCUACAAGCAACAUUCCAAUCGUCUCAGCAAGCAAUUUCUCAGCUGCAGCAGCAGGUGCAGUCUAUGCAGCAACCAAACCAAAAUUUACCACUCUCACAGAAUGGCCGAGCUGGUAAACAACAGUGGGCUGGAUCUGCAAUUCCAAGAGUGGCUAGCACCACUGGUUCGACACCAGUGAGCUAUGUGCAAACAGCUGCACCUGCAGUAAGUCAGAGCGUAGGUUCUGUCAAAUGUACCUGGACCGAGCAUACCUCGCCUGAUGGAUUUAAAUAUUAUUACAAUGGUCUAACGGGUGAAAGCAAGUGGGAAAAACCUGAGGAAAUGAUAGUGUUCGAACGAGAGCAACAGAAACAGCAACAACAUCAAGAGAAGCCAACUAUACAGCAGUCCCAGACCCAAUUACAGCCGUUGCAGCAACAACCACAACAAGUUCAGCAGCAAUAUCAGGGCCAGCAAUUACAGCAGCCGUUUUAUUCUUCACUGUAUCCAACUCCAGGGGCCAGCCAUAAUACUCAGUAUCCAUCAUUGCCAGUAGGUCAAAAUAGCCAGUUUCCUAUGUCAGGAAUUGGUCAGAAUGCUCAGGAUUAUGCUCGGACACAUAUACCCGUGGGAGCUGCUUCAAUGAAUGAUAUAUCAAGAACUCAACAGAGCCGUCAAUCUCCCCAAGAACUCAUGUGGAAGAAUAAAGCUUGA